AUGAAUAACCUAACUGUUGUCAAGGAAUUUAUUAUUCUGGGUUUCUCCAGCAUUCAGGGAUAUCAGAAUGUCUUGCUCUUGUUUUUCACAUUAAUGUACACAGUUACCAUUACUGUAAAUAUUUUCCUUCUUAUAGUAAUUCGACUAAGUCCAAAGCUCCAUAAGCCCAUGUAUUUCCUUCUCGGUAAUUUAGCAUUCUUAGAAUUGAGUUAUAUCACUGUAACAGCACCUAAAAUUAUAUUAGACAUAGCUAGAAAAAGAAAAAGUAUUUCCUUCUCUGCUUGCAUCACCCAGCUCUUCUUCUUCACGUUCCUUGGUGCCACAGAAAACAUACUUCUUGCACUAAUGUCCUUUGAUCGAUUUUUGGCAGUAUGUUUCCCUUUGCGUUAUACAAUCAUCAUGAGCCAUAAGAUGUGUUUUUUGUUAGCUGCCUUUUCUUGGUUUCUAGGAUUUUUGACAACUUCAGUUCCAAUCAUUAAAAUAUCACAACUUGAUUUUUGUAAUGCCAAUGUAAUUAAUCAUUUCUUUUGUGAAGCAGCUCCACUGCUAAAGUUAUCCUGUUCAGAUCCUUAUUUCAAAGAACUUACUGUUAUAAUUUGUGCAUCUUCAGUCAUUCUCAGCUCAGUUUUUAUAACUAUGCUGUCUUAUGGAUAUAUCUUGAAAACCAUUCUAAAGAUUCCAACCUCCACUGGGAAACAGAAAACUGUUUCUACCUGUGCUUCACACCUAUUAGUAGUCACAACAUUUUAUUCAACAGUAUUUGCUAUGUAUAUUAAACCUACAGCAAGUGAAGGGUCUCUGAAUAAAGUUUUAGCAUUGUUUUAUGCUGUCGUCACCCCUCUUGUCAACCCUUUUAUCUACAGCCUACGUAACAAGGAAGUUAAAGAAGCAAUCAAAACUAUUACAAAAAAAAAGUGGUUCUGA